CCCACUCCUCAUUUGUCUGUGGAUAUCCACCGCGAUAACAAGCAACGCACUGGGGCGCGCAGAACUAUAGCUUGAGCUAGCCCAUGCUUCGGUGCGAGAUAUAGCAUUUUCGCGUUCGUUUCUUAGGUCGCUAUAUGAAAUGCUGACUCUUUUGCUGCUUCGGGGGCCGUUUCGGCGGGGAGGAUGCGAAAUUCCACUGUGAACGCUUCCGAAUGACGAAGCCACACUGGCAGGUGAAGAUGGUACGGAUCUAUCAAUCGCGAUGCCCUCACUCUCACCAGAUGGUAUGGAAUUUGAAAUGGAACGAAGGGCGGAUAAUUCCUUCGUGAGACGUGUCACGACAGCUUCUUGUUCUUUCUCAAGCUCCAGAUGGAGUUCAGCUGCCGUGAGUGAUCGAGGAUCGCGCAUCGACGUAGCUGAGGGACCCACGUCCGGAACAGAAUCUGCCAUGCCUGGGUAGCUAGGUGUCUGAUCUCCUUGUUUCAUAUUGCCGGAACGAUCUUGGCUUUCCCUAAAGUGCAAUUCCGCUUGCUCUAGGACUUCGAUUUUGGUUCGAGGUUUGGAAGGUGAGAUGCCGCUUGAGAGGCGGGUCUGGGUGUGCUUUUGAGCUUCAAUAUUUUGCAUAUGCAUUUUUACAUCAGCCCGUAAAUGACCACUCUCGAGUCUUUGAUAGCCGGUAUGCUCUCUGUGCAU